AUGUCACCCCAGAAGCCUACCACCUCAUCUAAACCAGCGAUCGCACCGGGUCAUCCGAAGCAGCAACCAAAUACACCAGGGUUCUGUGCUCUACGCCUCGAAAACCUAGAACACCAAACCUCAACCGCAAAAAGCGAGCUGAUGGCAUCCAUUGCGGCAGACAUCUGCGCUACAUUCAUAAGCAUCGCAAAUUACUCCGAAGAAGGCAUACUUCAAGCGCAGCACACCGACGUAAUCGACAAGGUGAUCCAGACGAUCCGCGACACGGACGUGAAGCAGCGACACUUGCUCGACGGACAGGUACGCCGACUUCGAAAAGAUAGAAAGUGGAUCCGGAAGAAGUAUUCGCGAUUGGCUGGGCAGGCGGAUGGGCUCAGUCGCGCAUAUCAGACGAAGAUGCGAAAGCUGAGCAUCUCGCUACGUGAGGCGCGGGAGGAGGUGGCGCGUUUACGGAGGGAGCGGGAUAUGCUGUUAACUUGCUUAAAGAAGGAUGUCAUUGAGAAGGGUGCUUCAAAUGAUGAUGCCGACGGGGAACUUGAGGUCGAUGCGGAUGCGGAGGAUGUCGAUGGGGAAUAUGAGCUUGAAUAG